UAAAAAUGUAAUUAUUUUAAAAAAAAAAAUGGUACUUCAUGUAAUUAAUCCAAGACAAAAACUAGUAUAUAGAAUGGUUUCGAUAUCUUAUAUGCAUAUAUAGAUUGCUUUUAAUGUUAUCCGUAUGGGGACAAUGGCCACGAGCAAAACGUGGUUUACAUAUAACAAAGUAUAAAUACGAUAACAACAUCGUUAGAUAUAUUAUAUAUAUUAUCAAAGUAUCUCUUUACAUAUAACAAAUUAAACCCUAUAUUUUAUACAUCUUUCUAUAGUAAUACUCAACAAAUAUUAUUAACAUGGAAGAAAUCACUUCCCUAGUCAUGUUCAUAUUUUUCAUGUUAUCGUUAAUAAUAAUUGUUAUCAAAUAUUUACUCCUCAAAAUAAUGAAUAAUGAUAAGCCAAGUAGCAGUAGUAGUGCACUACUUCCUCCAGGUCCUUCCCCUUGGCCAAUUCUUGGAUGCAUUCCGGAGAUGUUGCGAAACAGACCCACAUACAAAUGGAUCAACACUCUCAUGAAAGAAUUGGACACAGAUAUUGCCUGUAUCCGUCUCGGGACAAGUACUUAUGUCAUCUCUGUCACCUCUCCGGAGAAUGCCAGAGAGUUCUUGAAGAAACACGACAAGGUGUUCGCUUCGAGACCUCUCACAGGUGUCACUCGUUUAAUCUCCCAUGAUUACGUAACCACUGUGAUUGCGCCAUGUGGAGGCCACUGGAAGAAAAUGAGGAGAGUACUUGUGUCUAAUAUUCUCAACAGCUCUACAGUUGCUUGGCUUCUCGAAAAGAGAACCCAAGAAGCUAAUAAUCUGGUUCGCUUUGUUUAUAACCACUCGUCUGCUAAAGGCGGAGGAGUGGUUAACAUUAGAACUGCGGGACAACAGUACGUUGUUGGUAUUAUGAGAAAAAUGUUUUUCAGUAAAAGAUAUUUUGGGAAAGGAAGGGAUGAUGGAGGACCUGGGAAAGAGGAAGAGGAACAUGUUAAGGCUCUGUUUGCUCUGCUUUCAUAUAGUUUUGCCUUUUCUGUAUCAGACUAUCUUCCGUGGCUUAGAUGGCUGGACUUAGAUGGCCAUCAAAGGAUUGUUUGUAAAGCCAUGAAAGUGAUCAACAAGCUCCAUGACCCCAUAAUCAAUGAAAGAAUUCGAGAGUGGAGAGAAGGUGAGCCGAGUAUUAGUAGGAGGACCCCCAAUGAUUUGCUUGAUGUUCUCAUAUCGCUUAAAGACUCUGAUGAAAGCCCACUUUUGUCGAGGGACGAAAUUCGAGCACAAAUCAUGGAAUUGUUUCUAGCAUGAGUAGAUAAUUCAUACAACGCAACAGAGUGGGUGCUAUCAGAAAUGUUAAAUCAGCCAGAGAUGCUUGAAAAGGCAACAAAAGAAAUCGAUAGAGUUGUUGGCAACAACACCACACUCCUCCAAGAAUCUCACAUCCCUAAGCUCCAUUACCUAAUUGCAUGUGUAAGAGAAGCUCUUCGCCUCCACCCAGUUGCACCCUUCAAUGUCCCACAUGUCUCUACUUCAGACUGCACUGUAGCUGGCUACUUCAUUCCCAAGGGCAGCAACGUCCUCCUCAGCCGCUUGGGCCUCGGCCACAACCCUACUGUAUGGGAUCAACCCUUGCGCUUCAAUCCAGAUCGCCAUCUUCAUGAGAAGAGAUGUGACUUGUCAGAGACGGAUCUUCGAUUUAUUAGCUUUACCACAGGGAGGAGAGGGUGCAUUGGAGGGGAGCUGGGAACGAACAUGACAGUCAUGCUUUUGGGAAGACUAUUGCAAGGUUUUAAAUGGACGAUUCCUGAAGGAAUGGAGAGCAUAGAUUUGAGUACUGAAGAAAGCUCGAUGUUUAAGGCUAAACCAUUGUAUGCCCAUGCAGGACCUCGCUUGAAUCCUUCUCUCUAUUUGUCAUUAUCAUCAACAUUAUUGGAUUAGGUUAUUUUAGCUUCUUGUUAUAUAAAUAUUAAUGAUCUCCUUUCCUAAGUUAAACAUACAAUAUUAAUAAUUAGAUGCAGCUAAUUAAAUAAUUGUUGUUGUACAUACUUAUAUGUUAUUUUUGUUGUAUAUUGAUUAAAUAUAAUAAAAAGGUAAGCAUAAUUAUGGUGUUUUAUACA